CCUCGAUGACGUCAUACAGGAGGAAGCACAAGACAAGAUAGCGUCUGGCGGAGAAUACGUUGUUUUGGUUAUUAUGGUUUCUAGGUCUUAAUUACAACGUACAUGUGCACAUGUGUGUCGUUUAACGCAGUAAACGUCGUUAUUAAUUGUUAUUGUAUGCGGAUACAUUAGUCUGAGUGCACUUUGACGUGCUAGCCUAGCCUGCUGGUUAGCUUAGCUUGUUAGCUGCUAACAAAGAGAGGCGGAAGUGAUCGACACAUCAAAGCAGAGAUCCAAUGUAAGUGUAAAGUGUUUUUAUUGUGUGAACAUGUCUACAUUACAAAUGAUGUGAGUGUUGGUGACUCAAAAGAGGAGAAGGAGCGACAACAUCAACUACUGGACACAGUUUUCUAGAAACAUCAAAUUGUGUUACACAUCCAUCCAUCUAUCUUCUUCUGCUUAUCUGAGGUCGGGUCGCGGGGCCAGCAGCCUAAGUAGGGAAGCCCAGCCUUUCCUUUCCCCAGCCACUUCAUACAGCUCUUUCUAGGGGAUCCCGAGGCGUUCCAAGGCCAGCCAGUUUCUAACAUAAUAGUGAGAGUCCAGUCCAUAGUGGGGCCAGCCAGAGACCAUCCCGAGCGCAGACAGACGUCUGUGAAGAACAUCUUCACCCUGAGCAACAGAAGUGGAGCUUCAGGAUGCAGACGGAGGAGCCACAGCCCUCCCACAUUAAGAAGGAAGAGGAAUACCUUCAGAUCUCCCAUUUUAAAAAGGAAGAGGAAAACCCACUAAUCCCCCAGUUUAAAGAGGAAGCGGUGGAUCCACAGAGCCCACACAUUAAGGAGGAAGAGGAGGACCCACUGACCCCUCACAAUAAAGAGGAAGAGGAAGAACACAGCAUCAAUCAGCAGGGAGAGCAUCUUGAAGGACUGGAGGAGGUUGAUGUCACCAAGAUGCCAGUGACUGGUGUCCCUGUGAAGAGUGAACGUGAUGAGGUGAAAGGUGAAAGUGUGGAGAGGGGAGGGGGGGAGCCUCCAAGCAGCAGCUCAACACAACACAUGACAACAGAAGCUGAUGGAGACCACUGUGGAGGAUCACAAGCAGACAAGCUCUUAGCUCCACUAUCAGAUAGUGAGGACACAACGUCACACUCUCCUGACACUGAUGAUGAAGACUCUAAAGAUGAUAAGACAUGUCACACUGACAACACUCACUUCACAUGUUCUCUCUGUCACAAAACCUUUAAAUACCAUAGUUAUCUGAAAAGACACAUGAGAACACACACUGGAGAAAAACCUUUUUCUUGCUCAGUAUGUGGUGAAGGUUUUGUUCGAAGUGAACAUUUGAAAGUACACAAGAGAACACACACUGGUGAAAAACCUUUUGUCUGUUCAAUAUGUGGUAAAGGUUUUGCACACAGUAACAAUUUAAAAAGACAUAUGAGAACAGACACAGGUGAAAAACCUUUUGUCUGUUCAAUAUGUGGUAAAGGUUUUACACAAAGUCAGGAUUUGAAAAAACACAUGAGAACACACACUGGUGAAAAACCUUUUUGUUGUUUAACCUGUGGUAAAGGUUUUACACAAGGUCAACAUUUGAAAAGACACAUGAGAACACACUUGUGAAAAAUCACAUUCCUGUUCAAUCUGCAACAGAAGCUUUUGUUGACGAUCAAAGCUUGUAGCACACAUGAGAAGACACCCAGGAGAGAAAGUGUUGAGUUGCAGUGUGUGUGGUGAAAGAUUGUCUUCUAAGUACCAGUGUAAGAAACACAAGUGUGCUGGUGAGAACAGCAGCAGCAAAUGAAACUGCAGGAUUUGAAAUAAACUGUCCAGACUUUCAUUUUGACUUUCUAACAACAUCAGCACAUAUAACAUGUGUGACAUUGUUGUUUGUCUAACAAUCUGUUUAAUAUGCUUCUACAUUUAUAGAUUACAUAUUUUGUAUUAAUGCUUUUUUUCAGUCAAGUACAUGUAUUAAUAUGACACAUUGUGUACUUUUAUUAAAAAAUGGACGGAACAAUUUGAGUAAAAAGGUGAGAGUAAACAGUAAAAGACAUAUUUUACAUGCAAUAAACAUGUUGUGUGUAUGUAUACACACAGACACACACUCAUAUAUGUAUAUAUAUAUAUAUAUAUAUAUAUAUACAUAUAUAUAUAUAUAUAUAUGUGUACUGUAUAUUCAUCAUACAAUUUUAGACCUAUUUAUAUGAAAUAUUGAAGUAUUACAUAUUGUAUUUGUAAUUGUUAAUAAUCCCAUAGAUUAUCACCUUUAUAUGAUAUACAUAUGUACUGGUUCACAUCUGAAACAUCUUCUGGACCACUUCAGGAAGCAUAUUAUUAUUUACUUUAUACAUCAUUUAAACAGUUGUCUUUUAUACAAUUUUAAAAUGUGUGUCUUUUUGAAUCAUUUGUUGGGUCUCUAUAAUCUAUUUUAUUCAUUAUCGUUAUUACUCAGUAUUAUGAUGAUUGUGUUGUGAUUGUUUUACCUGUAUGUCCCCAGACCUUUAUGCAAUAUACAAGUGGGAGAAAAUAGCAGAUUUUUAUUUUGUGAAAGGACGGUUUUGUUUUCACAAACUUACAUAUGUGGAUAUAUCAAAUGAAUCCAGUAUUGUGUUUUAAAUAUUUUUUAUGUUUUUUGUUUUUUUUUAACAUCCCAAAAACAUCAAUAUCAGUCAAAGUUUGGAGUGUCAGGCAAAAGCCAAUAUUGUACAUCAUCCCACAGAGAUUUACUUUGCAUACAUUCUUAAAAUAAACUGUUUAUCUUGUUUUCCAAUCACAGAACGAACAAGUGCUGUCUUCAAUUGCAAAAAAAACAUCCUAAAUAUUAUUUUAAGUGGUCACUUCCAUCUUUUUUUUCUUAGAUUAACUCUUUUGCCUUAGAAAGAAUGGAAACUUUUAAGUAUUUUUUUGUUCCAGGGAAAAUAAUAAUAAGAAGAAAUAGAAAAUAAUUAAAAAUGACGCAGUAACUAGAAUAUUUGGAAUGAAAGCCUUUUUAAAUUUUGUAAUAUUUUUUAUUUGCAGGUUGUGCUUAAUGAAAUCUUGAAAUAUUAAAAUAUUUUGUAUCACUCAAUAAGUGCAUCAGUGACCGAAUGCCUUUUUCAAACCAUUGCUGUUCAAAGAUGGAUUUGUUUCUCAUUUUAAUAUAAGAACAAUUCCAUAGUGGAGUAUUGUGUGUGAUGAAGUUGUGUUUGUAAAUUAGUUUCCAGUACAACAACACUUGCUGGUAGG